AUGGAGAUCAGAGGAGCGCUCACUUUCCGGAAAAGGCAAGUCGCCAUUCUCUUUGUUUUGCUGGGAUUGUCUGAGGCGGGUCCUGAAUCUGUGCGCUAUUCUGUGGCGGAGGAAGCCGAUAUUGGCUCUUUUGUGGCCAAUCUGGCAGGGGAUCUGGGGCUUGGGGUGGAGGAGCUGUCCUCCCGAGAGCCCCGGAUAGUUUCUGAUGAUAAUGGAAGGCAUUUGCAUCUCAAUUUAUUGACUGGGGAUUUGCUCCUAAAUGAGAGACUGGACCGAGAGGAGCUGUGCGGCUCUGCGGAGCCCUGCGUGUUGCAUUUUCAGGUGUUACUGCAAAACCCUUUACAUUUUUUUCGGGCUGAGCUGCACAUCAAAGAUAUAAAUGAUCACUCCCCUACGUUCCUGGACAAGGAAAUACUUUUGAAAAUCUCAGAGGGUACCACUCUUGGAACUACAUUCCCAAUGGAGAGUGCCCAAGAUUUGGACAUAGGAAGCAACAGUCUCCAAAACUAUACAAUCAGCCCCAAUUCUCAUUUCUACAUUAAAAUUCAAGACAGCGGUGAUGGAAAGAUAUACCCAGAACUGGUCCUAGACAGGAUGUUAGAUCACGAAAAGGAGCCUGAGCUCAGAUUAACCCUUGUAGCACUGGAUGGUGGAUCCCCACCCAGGUCUGGGACAACAUUGGUCCUCAUCCAGGUCUUGGACAUCAAUGACAACUUCCCUGAGUUUCCGCAGAGGCUCUAUGAGGUGCAGGUCCCAGAAGACACAGCCAUUGGCUCCUGGAUAAUUACCGUCUCUGCCAAGGAUUUGGAUGCAGGACAUUAUGGGGAAAUAUCUUACAUAUUUUUCCAUGCAUCUGAAGAUAUCCGUAAGACAUUUGAAAUCAACCCAGCAUCUGGUGAAGUUCGUUUGAUAUCUAGUUUAGAUUUUGAAGUCAUUCAGUCUUACACUAUAAAUAUUCAGGCAACAGAUGGUGGAGGGCUUUCAGAAAAGUGCACUCUUCUGAUUAAAGUAACAGAUAUAAAUGAUAACGCACCAGAAGUGACCAUGUCAUCAAUUACAAACAGAAUUCCAGAAAACGAGCCACAGACCUUAGUCGCUGUUUUUAGUAUUCGAGACCAAGACUCUGGGGAGAAUGGAAGGAUGGUUUGCUCUAUUCAAGAUGAUGUCCCUUUUAUCCUGAAACCAACAUUUAAGAAUUUUUUCACUCUGGUUACCGACAAAGCACUGGACAGAGAGAUGAGAGAGGAUUAUAGCAUCACCAUCACCGUCACCGACAUGGGGAUCCCCAGACUGAAAACCCAGCACAACAUCACCCUGCUGGUCUCCGACGUCAACGACAACGCCCCCGCCUUCACCCAGCCCUCCUACAGCCUGUCCCUCCGCGAGAACAACAGCCCCGCCCUGCACUUCGGCAGCGUCAGCGCCACAGACAGGGACGCGGGCGCCAACGCCCAGCUCACCUACUCGCUGCUGCCGCCCCGGGACCCGCGCCUGCCCCUGGCCUCGCUGGUGGCCAUCAACGCCGACACCGGCCAGCUGUUCGCGCUGCGGGCGCUGGACUUCGAGGCGCUGCGGGCGUUCGAGUUCGGCGUGGGCGCCACGGACCGCGGGGCGCCCGCGCUGAGCAGCCAGGCGCUGGUGCGCGUGCAGGUGCUGGACGCCAACGACAACGCGCCCUCCGUGCUGUACCCGCCGCACAACGGCUCCGCGCCCUGCACCGAGCUGGUGCCCAGGGCGGCCGAGCCGGGCUACCUGGUGAGCAAGGUGGUGGCGGUGGACGCCGACUCGGGCCAGAACGCCUGGCUGUCGUUCCAGCUGCUCAGGGCCACGGAGCCCGGGCUGUUCGGCGUGUGGGCGCACAAUGGCGAGGUGCGCACGGCGCGGCCGCUGGGCGAGCGCGACGCGGCCAGGCACAGGCUGGUGGUGCUGGUCAGGGACCAUGGCGAGCCCGCGCUGUCCGCCAGCGUCACGCUGCACGUGCUGCUGGUGGACGGCUUCUCGCAGCCCUACCUGCCGCUGCCCGAGGCGGCGGCCGAGCAGGCGCGGGCGGAUCCGCUGACCGUGUACCUGGUGGUGGCGCUGGCGGCGGUGUCGUCGCUGUUCCUGUUCUCGGUGCUGGCGUUGGUGGCGGUGCGGCUGUGCAGGCGGAGCAGGGCGGCCUGGGCGGGUGGCUGCUCGGUGCCUGAGGGCCACCUUGCUGGCCACCUGGUGGACGUAAGCGGUACUGGGACCCUGUCCCAGAGCUACCAGUAUGAGGUGUGUCUGAUGGGAGGUACUGGGACAGAUGAGUUUAAAUUUCUGAAGCCAAUUAUUCCCAAUCUUCCAGUCCAGGACACUGGUAGGAAUGUAGCGGAAAAUGAGAAUUUUAGGAAUAGCUUUGGAUUCAACAUCCAAUAA